GCCGCUAGGGGCGCUGCGGGAUUUAAACUCCGCGCACAGCCUCGCUCGGAGGCUGCUUGCACCAUGAGGGGCUCAGGCGCGAACGGGCUACCGCUGGUCCUGCUCCUGGCCCUUUGGGGUCCCGCCGAGGCUCAAACUUCAGAGACUUCUACUCCAUCAGAAAGUAUCAGUGAGAAAACUACAGGAAUUUCUACACCUACAACUUUAGAAUUCUCCAGCACAGCAGGUCCUUCUUCCACCAUGACAACUUUUGAUGAAGCUGAGAAGCUCCCUUUCUUGAAUGAUACCAUUAUCAUACAGGGAUUUUCCAAAGUUCCUCAAACAAAAACUUUCACAUUAGAGAGUCCAGCUGAACUUGAACUAAUGUGUAGUUUGGUCAUCAGCAACGCCACAAAUGCGGCAAAAAUGGAGACUGUUUGGAACUCAGAAAAUGCAACUUUCAAUCCGGAGACCAUCAGGAGGAAUGAAACUCACUCCAAAUGGUGCACUCGAUAUCUGAUAAAAGUCAGAAAUGAAGACCAGAUGAGGAAUUACACAUGUGUUUAUAAAACUACACCAGAAAUAAAGGCUACAUUUGUUUUACAAGUGCCUCAAGUCCAUGUAAAAUCUGACCAUAUAAUCAGUUAUGUGGGUGACACCGUGGUAUUGACUUGUGAUAUUGGCAAUGGGAAAACCCAGUUUAACCCAAGUUUUUGGAUCUGGUAUUCAAAUAAUGGAAGUGGAGAGGUGGUUAUUAAUUCUACCCUGAUGCCAGAGAAGUACAGCUUUAUCCAGACACCUGCAAACACAACCAAACUGAAGAUCUUUGAUCUCUCUGAAUUAGACACCAGUUCAUACUGGUGCAAAGCUGGAUUUCUACUAGGUGAAAGCAAAGGAAAAGUGUCUCUCAAAGUCCUGACAUAUCUGACACCUCUCAAACCAUUUCUUGUAAUAGCUGCUGAAGUUAUCAUUUUAGUAGCGCUUAUUUUUAUCUUUGAAGUGGUUUCCAAAAAGAAAGAAGCUAAUACUGAAGUUGGAAAAGAAUUUGAACAAGUAGAAACAUUGAAAUCAGAAGACAGCAAUGGUGUGGAAAAUAGUACUACCCGACACAGGAAUGUCUAAAUCCCUUAUUAAAAGGGAUUUAGUUAGAAGGUAAAAUGAAAAGAAAUGCCAAGACUGCACUGGAUAAAAAACUUGCUGGAACAGUGGAACUGUAUCUACUUGGUUUCUAAUGAUGGACUUCUAGGUGUCUUAAAAAAUACUGCUUUAAAAAUGCCUUUUUAAAAAGUAAUGAAUGUAUUAAAAAAGCUAAUGUGAUUCAUAUUGUCCUAAAAGCUAAAGUUAUGCUGUAGACUAUACUCUCUUAUAUCUGUUUAAGCCUUUGGCUGCAAUUAACCCUAAUCUACUAUUAACUUCUCAUUUAUCUGAAUAUGUAUAGAGUGCAUUUUUGUAUAUGAUGAUCAGCACCUACUGGAAAUAUAGGCAGUCCUUGACUUACAACAGUUCAUUUAGUGAUUGUUCAAAGUUACGUCACUGAAAAAAGUGAUUUAUGACUGUUUUUCACACUUAACAACCAUUGCAGCAUCCCUAUGGGCAUAUGAUCACAAUUCAGACACUUGACACUUUACAACGCUUGCAGUGUCCCAAAGUCAAUGGGGAAACCAAAUUCACUUGACAACUGUUGCUAACUUAGCAACUGCAAUGAUUCACUUAAUAACUGUGUCAAGAAAAAAAACCAUAAAAUGGGGCAAAACUCACUUAACAAAUGUCUCACUUAGCAACAGAACAUUUGGGCUCAGUUGUAGUCGUAAGCCGAGGACUACCUGUAUUCUUCUGAUUUGUCAGUGCUAGUAAAGUAAUAUUAUCAGAAGAAGCCAUACAAGCCAAGAUUUACAAGGAAAAGUAAAUUGCAAAGGGUUUAACGUUUAUAUUGAGAAUUAAUCUCUCUAACUUAGAUGGCAAACAUCUUUAGCCUCCAAUAUUUUAUGUCAACCAAGUGUCACCCUUACAAUCUCAAAGCAUUUUCUCUUUUCCUUCUGUAAAAAAAGGAAGUUGUUGGUUUUCUUGGAAGAGAUUAUGUGGCUGGUAGGGUGGUGUUAGAAAUAUGAUAGCUAAAUAGAAAACAUACUAAAUGGUGAUAUUCAAAGCUUGGAUUUGGUUAGAUUACUUCUCCAGAAGUACCACAAGUGGACAAUAGCAAUACACUCAAUGAUAUGCCUUGUUAAUCUCAUGGUUUAUCAAUAACUUUACCAAAGAACUGAGAAAGUACACAAAUUUUCCUUUAAAAUAACUAACGAAGCCAUAACGUUUCUAAUGUGUUGUAACUGUAUUUUCAGUUCCUUGCAUUCCCUUUAUCCUUUCCGUUGUUUGUACAAUAAAUGUCACCAGAUAAGAGGGAUGACUGUCAAAUGUUUGACGUGGUUAAGCUUUCAUGAAGAAUUAACACAAACUAAUUAUAACCACACAUUUGAAAGAAUGAUUUUUUUCCUUUUCAGGCAACAGUGGGGCUGAACUACUCUUUCCAUAUCCUAAGGGAAUCUGCACAGGGCAAGAAAGGAUUUUAAAAAUGUAAAGUGACUAUCAAAGCAUGUGAUCAAAACCUUGUCCCCUUUUACACACAUUGUCUUAAUUGUGCAUCUGGCAUCACAACUUUUCUAAACUUUGAAAACGAGGUCAAACGAAAGCAUCAGAGUAUCCCAAUAUGAACCAAAUAAAAACGAUGUUUUAUUUUACCAAUAGAAUAGAGUAAUGAGAUGAUUAUUACAUUAUAGGCAAAAAAAGAAAGAAAAAGAAUAAUGCUGCUGUUUGUUUUUUAAAAUAAAAUUAGGGGAAAUUUGUUUUAAAGAUUUUAUGUUAAUGAGUAUCGUUUUAAAAUUUAAAGUGCCAUAAACAGGAUAGGUGAUAGUGCCCAAGUUAUUUUCUCACUUUGUAGAGAAUCACAAAAAUGAAUUGAUUUAUACAAUUUAUUAGUCAAUAUAAUGGUUACUGCCCAUCUUCAAAUUAAGGAACAGUGAGCACUGCACAUUUUAUAAAAUAUGGCUUCUCUA